AUGGCUGUGCAGGUUCAAUGCAACAGCUCCUCUGACCCAUUUUGUUAUGAGGAAGGAUCAGGUCCGUUUGCACUCAUCAUUAUUCCAAGCUUGCUGGCUCUGAGCACACUGAUAGUUGUGUCUCAAAUAAUAUGGAGCUUUGUUAGCAAAAGAUUAUCAUCUCAGACCAGCUCAGACCCUACAAAUGAAAAUGGGGAACCUGUAACCUUGAACACAGAAUCUGGGACUCCGUGGCCUGUUCAGGAUUCACUGGGUCCAUGGGAGAUUCCUGCUCAGUGCGUCCUGGAGGGGGUCGAGGUCUUUCAAAUGGGCCGCUAUGGACCAAUCUGCAAGGGUCAGCUAAAACAAGAAAACCAAUCCACUGCUGUAGUGAUUAAAACUCUAAAAGACAGAACAAAUCAACACGAUGCUAAGGAGUUUGUGGAUAUGGUCCUAUUCCAUGCUGCUAUAAGUAAACAUGAGAACAUAGUGAAAAUGUUAUACUGCCAGACACAACGGACGCCCAUGUAUCUCAUUUUGGAGGCGAGCAUUCCAGGAAACCUUUUGCAUUUCCUCUGGAGUCUGCGAGAGGGCAGACCUGAUAACUUGCAGGCUUUUUCAGAGAGAUCUGUUUAUACGGUAGCUAAACAGGUAGCAGCAGGUCUGGACUAUCUGCACUCCUAUCACAGGAUUCUUCAUGGGGAUGUCGCAGCCAGGAAUAUGUUAAUUGGCUCAGGGUUUUCUGUUAAAGUCUCUGGUUUGAACUUGGCUUUUAAGAGCCGACAGACAAAGACGGCAGAUAAGGAACUGCAAGCUAACGUGCCAGUAAAAUGGCAAUCCCCGGAGCGGAUAAUGAGGCUUCCCGUAACAGACAGGAGUGAUGUGUGGUCAUUUGGAAUCCUGCUUUAUGAGUUGACAACCCUUGGUUCUCCUCCCUAUCCUGAUCUGGAACCGUCUGAAGUUCUUCCCCACAAUUUAGCUCAUUACAGAAUAAAAAGACCAGACAACUGUGGAGCUCCGUUAUAUGACCUCAUUAAGUAUUGCUGCAUGUGGAACUUCAAGGACCGGCCUGUGUACUCUGGCAUUAUGAGACUUCUGGACUCCUACAUCCACCUCACAGACACAAAAGCUCUUUGCUCUGAACAGCCAAUAGACAUAUGUGAAUACAAGAGAAAAGCAGGCCUGUCAUGA